AACUAUUUGUGGCUGAAAAUAAGACAAUGUGGGCAGAGAAUCUAUAAAACACUGUCGAUGAUAGUUAGUCAAACAGGGAGCUUAAGCUUAUAUAUAGAGGACCAAGUUUGCUUCUACUUAAACAAAUCACUUCACAGUUCUCUCUCUCUCUCACACACACUCACACACACACACACACACUCCUCAAGAAUCAACUCUUUAUUGUGUUGUUAACUUUGAACAGAUGAAGCAUAAUAAUAUUGGGUCAGAACUUCAAGAUUCGUACAAUGAUCAACACAAUUGGGUUCUUGAUUCUUCUCUCGACAGCAGAGGACAUGUUCCUCUUCGGGCUCGAACUGGUGCUUGGAAAGCUGCCCUCUUCAUCAUCGCAAUCGAGUUCAGCGAGAGAUUGAGUUACUUUGGUUUAGCUACAAACUUAGUGGUCUACUUAACAACAAUUAUCCACCAAGAUCUCAAGACGGCUGUAAAAAAUGUGAACUACUGGUCAGGUGUCACUACUUUGAUGCCUCUUUUUGGAGGCUUUGUAGCAGAUGCUUAUCUUGGCCGUUACACCACUGUCUUGGUUGCAACCACUAUUUACCUUAUGGGUUUGGUCCUUUUAACAAUGUCCUGGUUCAUACCGGGCUUGAAACCUUGUCAUAAAGAAGUGUGCGUUGAGCCUAGGAAAGCACACGAAAUAGCCUUCUUCAUUGCCAUAUACUUGAUCUCCAUAGGGACUGGAGGUCAUAAGCCAUGCCUUGAGAGCUUUGGUGCUGACCAGUUCGAUGAUGAUCAUGUUGAAGAAAGAAAGAUGAGGAUGUCUUAUUUUAACUGGUGGAACGUUUGUCUAUGUGCUGGUAUCCUAACGUCUGUGACUGUCCUUGUCUAUAUCGAAGACCGGGUUGGUUGGGGUGUUGCCGGCAUCAUAUUCACUACAAUCAUGGCUAUUUCACUUCUCAUCUUCCUCAUUGGAAAACCAUUUUAUCGUUACCGGACACCUUCUGGUAGCCCUUUGACCCCUAUGUUACAGGUGAUAGUCGCGGCCAUUGCCAAAAGAAACCUACCUUAUCCUUCAGAUCCUUCUCUGCUUCAUGAAGUUUCCAAGGCAGAGUUUACUACUGGACGGCUUCUCUCCCACACAAAGCAUCUUAAAUUUCUUGACAAGGCAGCAAUAAUCGAAGAUAACACUCCUCUAGAUCUUCAGAAACAGAGUCCAUGGAGACUUGUAACGUUAACAAAAGUAGAGGAAGCGAAGCUGAUCAUCAACGUGAUACCCAUAUGGCUCUCUACAUUAGUCUUUGGCAUUUGUGCUACACAAACUAAUACUUUCUUCAUCAAACAAGCAACCAUCAUGGACAGACACAUCACGGGUAACAACAGCUUCACAGUCCCUCCCGCUUCCAUGUUCUCCCUCACUGCUCUCUCCUUGAUCAUUUCACUCACCAUCUAUGAUAAAAUCUUCGUUCCCUUGCUGAGACGCGUCACACGGAAUCAAAGAGGCAUCAAUAUUCUCCAGAGAAUCGGGACCGGUAUGCUUUUCUCCCUUACCACAAUGAUCAUUGCAGCUCUAGUUGAGAAAAAACGACUGGACCGUAGUGAAAACAACGAACCAAUGAGUGUGAUAUGGCUAGCUCCUCAGUUCAUAGUCAUUGGCGUUGCGGACGCGUUCACACUCGUUGGACUUCAAGAGUACUUCUACGACCAAGUCCCUGAUUCCAUGAGAAGCUUAGGUAUAGCGAUUUACCUAAGCGUGUUGGGAGCAGCUAACUUCCUUAAUAAUCUACUGAUCACAGCGGUUGAUACGCUAGCUGAUGAUUUCUCGGCCAAGAGUUGGUUCGGGAAGGACCUGAACAGUAGCCGGUUGGACCGGUUCUACUGGUUUCUAGCCGGUGUAACCGCUGCUAAUAUAUGUGUCUUUGUUGUUGUGGCAAAGAGAUGUCCUUACAAAAGCGUGCAGCCAAACCAAGUCGUUGUUGACUCGUCCGUGUCCGUUGCCUAAAUAAAUAACUUUGUUAAAGAAUGCUCCAGUAAUGUAUCUCUUCUUCUUCUUCUUCGAGGUUUUCACAUUGAUCAUCACAUAUUGUAGACUUCAUCCAAUUAUAUUAAUUUGAUGGAAACGAAGAUAAUGGUUGCUAAAAAAGAAAGAAAAAAGGUUAAUGGUUGCUGCUUAAUUUAAAAAUACUAGAGGCCGAGCCCCGCGCAAGCGCGGGGUUAUUUGUGUAUGAUGUUGUUGUUCAGUUUUACUUAGUGUUAGCGUUGUUAGUUAUGUUGUUCUUACGCUUGUGUUGGUGCAUGCAGUUAUUUGGCAAAGCAGAGGGUCGGAGAUGGUGGGAUUAGUAGGAAGGCAGCUGUUUGUUGUUGAUUACGUGUAGGACGCUUUGUGAACGAAGACCAGUUGAUACAUAUAUAAUUUUUGUAUUCAGUUGUCUGCAUCCCAAUUCCCACCGAGGAACAUAUGAUGGUGUGCUUGUGUCACUUUUCUGGAGUUUUUGUUUUGUUUUGGUGGCUAUUGGAUUUUAGUUGGUUUCUUUGUUGCAUUGUUUAACGUCGAUGCCAUGUAACUAUCUGAACAUGUUCUCAUGCAUGAAGCAAAAGACAUGCUUAUUUUCACGAAAUGCAAAGACCCACCAACGUUCCCCUUUAUUUAAAAACCAAGUAACUCUU